UGGCUGCCCCCCGAGGCCCCCUCACUGACCGUCCCGGUGGCCGCGGUGGCCCCGCCGCGGUCCCCGCUGGCCCGCAGGAAGCCCAGCGAGUACAUCCAGGCCAUCCUGGAGCUGAGCUCGCUGGUGGUGCGGCGCCAGCACCGCCCGCUGCUCCACCCGCCCUGGCUCUACCGCCUGUCCCCCGACGGCUGGCGCUUCGCCCGCGCCUGCGCCGCCGUGCGCGGCUUCACCGCCGACGUGGUGCAGCGCCGGCGCCGGGACCUCGCCCGCCUGGGCCACCAGGCCUGGCUGGAGGGCCACCGAGGGCGCAGCAUGGACUUCAUCGACCUCCUGCUGCUCGCUAAGGACGAGGACGGCAACACCCUGUCGGACGAGGACAUCGCGGCCGAGGCCGACACCUUCAUGUUCGAGGGCCACGACACCACGGCCAGUGGCCUGGCCUGGCUCUUCUACAACCUGGCCGGCCACCCCGAGUACCAGGAGCGGUGCCGCCAGGAGGUCCGGGAGCUCCUCGCGGGCCGGGACACCGAGGACAUCGAAUGGGAGGACCUGUCCCGCCUGCCCUUCACCACCAUGUGCAUCAAGGAGAGCCUGCGGCUGCACCCGCCCGUCCUCGCCGUGUCCCGGCGCUGCACCGAGGACGUGGCCCUGCGCGACGGCCGCGUCAUCCCCAAGGGGAUCAUCUGCCUGAUGAGCAUCUACGGGACCCACCACAACCCGGAGCUCUGGCCCGACCCCGAGGUCUACAACCCGCUGAGGUUCAGCCCUGAGAACACCAAGGGACGGUCCCCAUCGUCCUUCAUCCCCUUCUCCGCCGGCCCCAGGAACUGCAUCGGGCAGAGCUUCGCCAUGGCCGAGAUGAAGGUGGUGGUGGCACUGACGCUGUCCCGCUUCGUGCUGCGGAGGGACCCGGCCCGGCCGCCCCCGCGCCGCAAACCGGAGCUCAUCCUGCGCGCCGAGGACGGGCUGUGGCUGCUGCUGGAGCCACUGCCCCGGGACACGGCCUGAGGGACACGGGGACACCGCGGGGACACCCUGUGGGGACACCCUGUGGGGUGGGUGUCACACCC